AUGGUCACAUGGGAGGAUUGUUCAUAUCUAAUUGAUAAAAUGGACGCUAUUGAUCGCCAUGAUUUGAAACAAAGAAUAGACGAUCGAAAUAUGGUAAAAACAAUCAGCACGUCGUCCACUGAAAUUAGUUGCAGUAGUCCAACAAAAUCCCCAACAUCAAAUUUCCAGCCACAUCUACCGGAAAGAGCAUUAGCUCAGAGUACAUUAGAUGAGUUAUUUGCUGAUAAUCAAGAAGAAGAUGGCAUGCAACUAAGAGGUAUGCAACAGUUACGGUUAACUGUAACUGCAAAACUGUUACACUAA